AAGAAGGACGGCUCCUACCGAACCCGAGACCAACUCACUUCCAAAUGGAGCCACAUCAACAAAAAAGUGCGAAAGUUUAUGGGAGUUUACGAGGAAUGCUCCCGGUCCCGGAGGAGCGGCAUGAACGACGCCGAUGUUCUCCGGCUUGCCACGACCCGGUAUCAAGACGACGGGAACCAAGGCAAGUGGCAACAACUCAACAAUCCCGACGGCGAACCGUUCCGGACCGACGGCGGAUCAUUCCGGAAAAGAUCCACCGUCGACGCCCAGGUUGAGGUUGACGAGACUAUCGGUUCUACCGAUCAAAUCCCUCCCUUCAACGUUGCGGAUUCCGAUGACGAAGACCCCAUUCCACGGCCGAUCGGAAGAAAGAAGGCAAAAUCCAUUGCCUCUGGUUCGGGAGGGUCCGCCUCUUUUUCCGCUUCUCCCCGCGACGAAAUCGGCCUGGCAAUGGUUGAACAACUUCGGGCGUUCAAUCUCCAGGAACAAGAGAGGUUGAAGCUAAAGGAGAAGGAGUUGAAGAUAAAGGAGCAAGAGGCCGAGAUGAAAGUCAUGCAAACCGACCCCGGGACGUUAUCGGAGUUUGGACGAAUUCUCUACGAGCAAAGAAUGAGAGAACUCAAGGAGAAAUAUAAUUUACCUUAGUUUUUUUUAUUAAUGUAUCUUUUUUUUUAAAAUUUAUUGUCGCUUUUUUUAUUGAAUUAAUGUAUUUUUUUUAU